AUGGAGAUGAGUCAGGAAGUAUACACAAACGUGGGAGUUACUGCAUAUGACACAUCUCACUCAGAUAAUGGCAUUUAUGAGAACGAGCUGAAACUGAAGACUCGCUGGAAAAGAAACAACCAGGAUCCUGCGAACUCAGUGCAGUGUGUGGUGCUGCUGUGUGUUCUCCUGCUGAUUGCCGUCACAGUGCUGUGGAUCAAAUUCAACACGCUGAAUACAGAAAACAACCAGCUACAGACCAGAUACAACAACCUGACUAUAGAGAGAGACCAGUUACAGACCAGUUACAACAACAUGACUAUAGAGAGAGACCAGUUACAGACCAGAUACGACAACCUGACUAUAGAGAGAGACCAGUUACAGACCAGUUACAUCAACCUGACUAUAGAGAGAGACCAGUUACAGCGGGAGAGAUCUGGACUGCACAGUGCACUUUCUAAACUUGGAUGGAGAUUUUUCAGCUCGAGCCUUUAUUACAUUUCUACUGAAAAGAAGUACUGGGAUGAGAGCAGAAAGUACUGCACAGACAGAGGAGCAGACCUGGUGAUCAUAAACAGUACAGAGGAACAGGAGUUCAUCAGUAAUUAUACUGGCGGUACUGAAGCUUGGAUUGGUCUGACUGACAGAGAGACAGAGGGGGAAUUUAAAUGGGUGGACGGUAAACCACUGACCACUGAGUUCUGGUGGAAAGGGGAACCCAAUGAUUUUGCAAGCAGAGAGGACUGUGUUAUAACAGGCUUUAGAAAGGCUGAAUCUAACAUAUUGACCUGGGGUGAUUAUCCCUGUGACUUCCCUGUAGUCGGGAUUUGUGAGAUGAAAAUAUUUAACUGAGCACACAGGGGUUGAAAAGUUUUAUGAUUGUUUCAUGAUCAUUCUUUCCUCAGAAUCUGUAUGGGAAAAAAAUCUCUGAGCCAAAGUGUGGAACAGAAAGAAAGUGGAGUUUCAUGCUUAUGCUGGGUUAAAUCUGAAUUUGAAUGCUGAAUAUUUUAUCUAAUCUAAUAUUUGAUACAUCAGCUGUAUAUAUGCCUGCUUUCCUUUUACAGUGAGACACAGUGGUCUCUACAGCAAGAUUUCCCAGUUUGAAUAAUGAUAAUAAUAAUAAUAAUAAUAAUAAUAAUAAUAAUAAUAAUAAUGCAUUUAAGUGGUGAAAGUAUAUUUUGAAGGAAUACCAUCACCUUUUGGGGAAGUGGGACGGGUAGUUUGAAUUUGUGAGCAGUUGUUUGAAUUUUGUUUAUUUGUUUUUUCGAAUUUUGUUUUUUGUCUAAUACAAAAAUACAAAAAUAAAAAUACAAAAAAUGAAAUGAAUUUACUUUCCAGCCUAUAAUGUGGGCUAAGCUUAAUG